UACAACAAUUGCCAACAUUAUGGUGGGAGGAAAAUUGGAGAUCGGGGAACCCAUGACCAUCCACUGCUGGCAAAACCCCGGCAGAGUUAGAAAGCCAGCCAAUUAACAUUUACAAAACUUGCCACUAAAAUUUUGCUGACAAUUUAUGUUCCAAAAGAAGGGAGACUAGACCCUGCUUCCCUAUGAACUGUGUACCACAGCCCACGCACUGGAAUCGAACUCUGCUCUGGCCACUCACUGAGAUCGCCCCAUCUAAGUAAUUUCCCGCGUAGGGUCAUAUAUAAGCCCCCACUCCCGUGACAACAGUUCAUUAUUUGGGGACGGGUGAAGAUGAUAGUAGCGUAGUGACUACAGACAAGGGAGGAACCCACUGCCGCAUACCUGUUCGGUGACGUCACAACUUGACUCCCAGUGUUGCCGAGGUAUUUGAAGCUGGCUAUGACUGUCCUCUAAGGGAGAAGACAAUACCAGAGCGAUCAUGUCGCGGGAAGAAGGCGGCUACUAUAAUCCCGCUCUCGAACCUGAUUUUGUGGAGCUGAAGGUAGAGCCAGGGGUUCCCAUAGGCUACAGCAACUACAACAAACUACCAUCCAAAACCCAGCCCGGGCUACUCCUACGCCCACUCAUCCUCCUCCGGCUACAGGACACCCACCCAAUCCAACUCCUCGUACACAGGUACCCAGGGUACACACAGCAGCACACGCUCAAAGAGACGAAGGCGGAAGGUGGUCCAGAAGAAGCCCGAAAAGCCACACGAUUGGCUAUUCUUCUCCGUUUUCACAUGCAUAGCGUGCUGUAUCGUGCCAGGAUUUGCCGCAGUUGUUGCCUCUUGUCUAUCCAAAGAAUCAUGGCGAAAGGAAGACGAAGCCAAAGCACGUAAAUACGGGAAAUAUGCGUUGAUAUUGUGGAUAGUAGCUGCUGCUUGUGGAGCUUGUUGGAUUAUCUUCGUCAUCGUAUACUUCGCUAGCUGAUCCAUCCGCCACCAAAAAUGGUAAUCCUCUCGAUAAUGUCACCAGUGAGUUAGUCGGCAUCAAACGCAAGACAAUCAUAAGUAACUGUUUUGGAAUGUGCCAAGACUCAAAUAACGAACACAUGGGACUGACGUCAAUGAUUGGAAAACUCGUGGAAAAGGUGAACCCCGAUAUACCGCUGCUGACGUCAUAUCUCCAAAACGGAUUGGUAGCAUUAAGUAGUUAACCGUUAGUUUUCACUCAGACGUUGCAUGUUCAAACAUGAUAAAGGGUAUUAAUCUCUUGUCAUUUUAAUCCUACCGAUACGGCCUGAAAAUAGGGUUCUAAGUGUUUCUGUGGAUAUAUGCAGCUCUUCACCUUAAUGGCUAACAAUUAGCCCAUAUUUUAAUCUCAAGUCAACUGGCUUCGCCUUAGUGACGCCAUUGAUAUUGUAUGAUAUUUUUUACCUUGGAUGAUCCGCUUUAGGUGCUGUUCACUCUCCUCAUCAUUUUGGCUGUUAUUUCUGGUUGCUUCAGAUGGCCGCAGGUGAUUAUAUUAUUGUCCUGUAUUUUAUGAUUUACGUGGAUUUACAUCGGGCUGCCGCCAACCUAACAAACCCAAAGUCAUCCACUAUGCCCUUCUCUUGUCAUAUUUCAGGUCUUCCACCCACUGAGUAUCUUCUGGACGGCUUAGUAUAGUAGUAAAAGUACCAUUUGUGUGAUGUAUGGUCUGCCUUGGUAUCUCACAGGGAACUCCAAGAUUUAGACUCGUACCUUCAUUCAUGCAUUUACAUAUAGUUCUUUACGUUAACAUUGUGACAUCUACAGAUAGUGACAGUAUCUUAGAUACCUUGCAUCCAGCUUUAUAUGAACUGAGGGUGUUACAUGCAUGCAAUCAGUGUCCUUGAGUCCUAGCGCCUUCACAUACUGACGAUAUGUUAGAGACCUUGCAGUCGAUCUCACACACUGACAGUAUCAUAGAGACCUUACAAACGUCUCCACAUAAUGGUGGUAUCUUAGAGACCUUAUGAACGUCUUCACAUGCUCAGAGGAUCUUAAAGACCUAACCAACAUCUCCAUACUAUCAAUAUCUUAAAUACCUUGCAAUCUUCUUCACAUGCAGUCAGUAUUUUAGGGACCUUGCUGACGUCUUCACAUGCAGUCAGUAUCUUAGAGACCUUGUAAACGUCUUCACAUGCUGAAAGUGUCUUAGAGACCUUACAACCAUCUUUACAUGCUGACAGUAUCUUAGAGACUUUGCAAACUUCUACUUAUGCUGACAGUAUGUUAGAAGCCCUACAAACGUCCUCACAUAUAUUGAAUGUUCACGUACUGGCAGUAUCGUCUAGACGUCGCAUUUGUCUUCGAAUAUCGACAGAAUCUUAGAGACACAAUAUAUCUUAGAGACCUGACCAGUAACGUUGUAGAACGCUAUGCUCAAAGUAUGUCGACUGUGAUCAUUUUUGAGCUUUGAUUUAUGUGUUGGACUGAUAUUUUCUGCCGUAUGAUUUCUACGCCGUCUGUGGUUGAUUUCCCAUAUAUGCUUCGGGUAUGUUACUCAUUGUUAAUAACACCGGAUAGAAAUCUAGUAUUACUCAAGGAUACGCAUCACAUCGUCGCUCACAUUUUUAUAUUGUUUAGCUGUCCGUCUGCCUUCUUAUUCUUAUCACUUUUUAGGAAACAUAAACUUAUUGCAUAAUACAUUCGAGUCUAAACACUCUUCCUAUUGGUAACAUUAUAGUAUUACGCACGGGCAAAUUUUUCAUACUACAUUUGUGCUAUCCAUUAUGCCCAGAAAUGGUCAACUGUGCAUGUUUAUCUGUAAUGCUGCCAUUAGCUGAAUCCGCGCCCUGAGGAUAAACGUCUUAGUACCUCUGUCCAUCUCAGCCUUACCCACGCGAUUGUCAUCUCAGGGGAAUAACAGUGGUAUUCAUAUGCAUUGUAUAUAGUACUGGCGCACAACGAUGUCAAGUCGCUGGAUAAAAUGUGUUGUUAAUAGUAUAUUGUUUUUGAGCGCCUUUAAACCAUAGCAUUUUUCUACGAUGUGCUUUUAUAUAAACUAUUGAAUUUAUUAUAUGACAAAUGAUUUGAUAUAAACGAACUUACCAUACUUUGUCUGUUUGAUUGGA